GGGAAGAGCCAUGUGAAGUACAACUUCACGUUAAGAGACAUUUGGAACACGUUGUUUCAGUAGGAAAACCUUUUAGAAUGGAAUGUCCUGUGAAAUACUGUGCUAGCAGACCCAAUGUGACCUGGUGCAAGUUGAAUGGAACAGAAUGUUUAGAUCUUGGGGACAGACAUCACCUACACACGAGUUGGGAAGAAAGGAAGAGUAUUUCCAUUUUUAUUCUGCAUUUUGAGCCAGUGUUUCCAAGUGACAAUGGGUCAUACCGCUGUUCUGCACAGUUUACUUCUCAUGUUGUUACAAGCCACUCAAUAAUCAUCCAUGUAAUAGAACAUGCUCAAAAUAACUCAGAAUUCCCUCUAACAAAUGCAACCAGUGCCUCAGGACCACCCUUCGAGAAAGAGACAACAGACAGCCAAUGGCUGCUUCUCCAUUUGCUUCCAUUGAUGGCAUUGCCCUUGCUCAUCAUUGCCUGUUACUGCCUGAUUUAUGGACUGAAAAGAUACCAAGGGAAACAAAAGAAGCCUUCUGAUAUUGCAGGAAGGGAAAUUAAUCUGGUUGAUGCUCCUCAACCCCUUAGCAGUGAGCAAGCAGAGGACAGUCGUAGGCAAAAUUCCCAAACACUGCCACCAGAAGCUGGAAUUUAUGAUAAUGACUCCUGGUUUAGGACACAGGAAGGGGCUGAAGUAUAUUUUUACCCACGACUGGAAGAAAAUAAACAGGGCAUUGUUUAUGCUUCCCUGAACCAUUCCGUCAUUGGAAGGAACACAAGACAGGCAAGAAAUGUGCAAGAAGCACCAACAGAAUAUGCAUCCAUAUGUGUGAGGAGUUGAAUCUGAUCCUGACACCCGCCAGUGAUUACCGAAUGAUCAGCAAUGUCAACACCAUUGUCUGGCCUUGGCAGGAUUUCAGAUGAUAGUCCUCAGCUUGAGGAAUUUCACUUCAAGAUGGUUUAUGUUGGUGCUUAGAUCUCAAAGGUCCAUAGGACAUAAGAUUAAAAUUUCUCCCAAAAACUUUCUUGGGAGAGUUUUAACAACAAAUCUCUCUAAAAUGUUUUCAUAUCAUGAAUAGCAGAAUAGUAGAAAAUUUAAACAUAGCUAUCUUUUACCCAAUAUGUAAAGCCAAUAUAUCCUUUGGAGCUAUCAGAGAGGUUUGUAUCAUGUGGAUCAGUUCACUACAAACUCUUGAAAAUGAAAGAAUGUCCCAGUUGACUACUUAAACUGUAGUAAUGAUUGUAUGUUCCCAAUCUUCCAUAGAAAGAGAAUUUCCUGUGUCAUCCUACAGCUAAUGUUUCCUAAGUACAAAAGAGAAAUUAUUUUAGACUUGACAUAAGAAAGAAUUGGAAAGAGUGGUUGGCAGAACACAGACCCUGGGUGUGAGGUGGAUCUUCUCUGUAUCUGGCAAACAGUUGCUAAUAUCCAUCCUGUUAAAUUGGGAAGCAGAUUAGCUACUGGUGGAGCAAUCAAGGUAUAGUGCAUUUAUAAGCAAAGUGGUGAGUCGGUAUUUGCAUCACGGAGAGUAGUGAAUAUGAAUGUGAUAUUAUGCUGCUGAAUUAAUAGACGAAGGGGCAUUUGAACACACAUAAAAAUCAAUGAGAAUAGGUAUUAUUGGGCAAAUGCAGAUUGAACUUUGUAACUGCCUCAUGCUUGACCUGAUAGCAAAUUGAAAGAAUAAUUAAUGGAAUGUAGAAAAGUCCAGAAUAUUUAGUUGGUUAGCAGAGGUUGACAUACUUGCAUUAAUAUCUAUAUCUUGCUGGUCAUCAAAUGAAGAAAUCAAGGAAAGUCAUAUGUAGUAAGGAAUUACAGUUUGAUAGUCCUUGUUAAAAUACUGAUAUUGCAGUCAUGUAAGAGGAUAGUGAAGAUUUCUACAUGUUCUGAAUUUCCAAAGUACUUGAGUGUAAUGAUUUCAAAAAUAGCCUAUACCUUUAUUCAACAGCUAGAGGCUAGAGUUCUCAGAUGCUGCUAUUUAGUAAUGCAAUAAUUACUCAUAUAAAAAUAAGAAUCCACUUGAAGAAAUACAUGAACUGCUGAACAAAUGUAUGUGGUCUGUAUAUGCAGAAGUCUGUGUGCAUGUGUGUAUGUGCAUGCAUGCUUUCAUGUGUGCAUGUGUGUAGGUGUGUUUGUAUAUGGAAGGAGUAGGUGACUUACAAAAUUUGGACAAGAGAAACUGAUCACAUUGGUGUUCCAUUUCAGUUUGUUUAUGAAGCGCAAAAUACUACAGAAAAUGAGUCAUUAAAGAAGAUAAUUUAUGAAAUUAUAAGAAUGUAAGUAGAGAACAUACAUACACACACACACACACACACACUCACACAAACCAGAGAGAAGUUCUGAAGCUUUUCUUACAUAAUGUUCACAUCACAUUGACUUUUAGUUCCUUGAAUGUGGGGCUGCAAGCACUGUUUCUGAAUCACUUUAAUGUAGCCAAUAUAUCAUUACACCUAGAAUUUUAAGCAACUAAUUUUAAGUAAGUUGUUUUAGCCAAGUAGUAUUUGUGGACAAUUUAUGCAAAAAGACAUUAGACUAGCUGCCUGUUGCGUUCUUAAAAAUAGAAACAGGAAAUAUGGGAGGAUGAGUACUGUUCUCCUCUUAUCAGAUAAACACACAAAGUUUAGAAAUUCUUUCAUAAUUUUCUCCAAUUUAAAAAAAUAUAUUUCUGUAUAAAGUGAUUAGAACAGUCUUAACA